ACAUCUCCCCAAAACUGAUCUCCUUCAUCCUCGAUAUCAUUUUCUGGUUUAGCCUGAACAGUCUUCCACAAACCGGUCUCCGCCUAAUGCUUCUCCAUCUCCGAUCUCAGACACCUCCUCCAUUCAUCAUCGCCUUAAAAGGGUUUUGAUUAAUUCUUCCGACAAGAAACAAAAAAUAUUCCAUCAUUGUAAUUAAAAAAAAAAAAGAUCCGAAAAUGUUCAACAAAAUCAUAAAGAAAUUCACCAAAUCAGAUCAAGAAACCACCUCCACCGUCAACACCGUCGUCCGCAGCAGCCGCCCCCCAACCACCGCUACCACAGCUCCAACACCAAACGGCGAAUCACAAUCCACAGCUCCGUCGCCUUCACAGACACCAAACCAGCCAAUGUUCACAACACCACCUUCCCUCGAAGUACUCCCCUUACUAAAAGACGUCUCUUCCUCAGACCGUCCUCUCCUCUUCAUGAAGAAGGCUCACAUGUGCUCUUGCCAAUGCGACUUCUCAGACUCACUGAUCAUGCCACGAGAGAAAGAGAUCAAAAGACAGACACUCUUAGAGCUAGUAGACUUCCUCCACUCAUCCUCAGGUAAAGUGAACGAAACGAUGCAGAGCGAGCUCAUAAGAAUGGUCUCAGCUAACAUCUUCCGUCCUCUCCCACCUGCGCAUUACGAGAACACUGGAGCUCCUCCUGAAGGGAACGAUCCCGAGGAGGAAGAGCCUUAUCUUGAGCCAUGGUGGCCUCAUUUGCAGCUUAUCUACGAGCUUCUCUUGCGUUACGUUGUCUCUUCAGAGAUAGAGCCCAGGACUGCUAAGAAGUUCAUCAACCACACGUUCGUGUCGAAGCUACUUGAUUUGUUUGACUCUGAGGAUCCUAGGGAGAGGGAAUAUUUGAAGACUGUGCUUCACAGAAUCUACGGGAAGUUUAUAUUUCACCGUCCUUUCAUUAGAUGCUCUAUCUACAACAUCUUCUACAAGUACUUGUAUGAGACUGAGAGGUGUGUUGGAAUAGGAGAGUUGUUGGAGAUUUUGGGAAGUGUGAUCAAUGGUUUUACAGUACCAAUGAGAGAGGAGCAUGUGUUGUAUCUUGUGAAAGCUAUUUUGCCGUUACACAAGUCUAAAAGUAUAUCUAUUUAUCAUCAGCAGUUGUCUUAUUGCGUGACGCAGUUUGUGGAGAAAGAUUACAAGUUGGCUGAUACUGUGAUCCGUGGGUUGUUGAAGUAUUGGCCCCUGACGAAUUGUAAUAAGGAGGUUCUGUUCUUGGGAGAGUUAGAAGAGGUUUUGGAUGUUACUGAGCCUUCAGAGUUUCAGCAUUCUGUUGUUCCUUUGUUUACAAAGAUUGGGAAGUGUCUUAACAGUUCACACUUUCAGGUAGCAGAGAGAGCUCUUUUCUUGUGGAACAAUGAGCAUAUCGUUGGCUUGAUUUCUGAGAACAAAGAUGUGAUAUUCCCUAUAAUCUUUGAAGCGUUGGAGAGGAACAUGAAAGGACAUUGGAACCAAGCGGUGCAUGGUUUGUCUGAGAAUGUUAGGAGAAUGUUUAUGGAGAUGGACACUGAGUUGUUUGAAGAGUGUGAGAAACGACAUGCGGAGAAUGAAGCUAAGGCUUGUAAGUUGUUGGAACAAAGAGAAAUGACAUGGAAGAGACUUGAAGAAGCUGCUUCUUUAGCUUCAAAGUAAUGGCUUUUUUUAGCUGUCUUCUUGGUUUACAAGAGUAAUGUUUUUUAGAAACUUUCUAAUAAUUUGUUUUAUUCUUUUAUUUCAUUUGUUUUUUUGGUCCCUUGUAAAUGGCGGCCAGGAAAGAUGAAUUCACAUGUCGUCGACCAGAUUGUCAUAGAAGUUAAGUUUAGUGCUGUUUUAUUGCAGCUUCUGAAAAACUUGGUAGCAAUCAACUAAGUGAUUUACAAGGACAGUCGACGGUGACUAUGUUUAUUUGACUACUCUUAGAUCAAUGUUUUAAAG